AUGGCAGUUUUCCACGACGAAGUAGAAAUCGAAGAUUUCGAAUUCGACGAAGAAAAAGAUGUUUAUCAUUAUCCAUGUCCAUGCGGUGAUCGAUUUGAAAUAGCCAGGUAUUUCAAUAUUUUCUAGAUUAGAAAUGAACGCUCCAAAAAAUAAAAUAUCUCAGAGAGAUGCUCGAAAUGGGCGAAGAUGUGGCAACAUGCCCGAGCUGCUCUUUAAUUGUGCGAGUCAUCUAUGAUCCCGAAGAUUUUGUAAAACUUGAAACAUUGACAAUAUCAUCUGGUGGAGAGGCUAUAGCUGAAACAGCUUAA